AGUUGGAUUCGGAGACGGUGAAGAAGUUCAUGGCCGAACGCCUGGCGAAGUACAAAAGACUCGACGGCGGGGUUGCGUUCCUGGACGACAUUCCCAAGAACCCUAGUGGAAAGAUCCUCAAGAGAACGUUGCGAGAGUGGGCCGAGAAGGAAUUGAAGCAGGAGAAGCAAACAUCGAAGCUAUAGGGCAAGACGUGCUGCAUUCACUUGGCUAGCCAAGAUUUAAUUCGACCCUCAUCGUUUGUUGAAUUUAGCUUUGUAUUAGUUUGUGUAGACCACAUUGUGUGCCGCAUCGUGGAUGAUGGGCUUGACCCUUGGCUAUAUAUUCCUGCCGUCCUCUCGAAAGCAAUCCUUUCUUCAUAGCCACUCCAUUCCACCCUUCGACAUGACUUCUUCAAAUCAAAUACACCCCAUGGACAUCAUUGACGAUACAGACGUGCACAAUGCACCCAUGCCCGAGCAACACAAGCAGAUGAUCUUGAAGCAUCUCCAACGCCUGCAAGAUAUCGCCAAAGGCGAGGACGUCGACAGCGGCGAAGAAGAGGUCUGUAGAAAACGAGCAGACAUCGAAUACCAAAAGCGCCUUGCUCGCGAGCAGCUGGCCCGCAUCACCACCGUCUUCCGUCGCUAUCAAGCCAGACACGAGCGCGGCGAAUUCGAAGAUGAAGAAGUCGAGUCAAUGUGCGCAGACAUUAUUGACGGGUGUAUCCUGGUGUAUAACACGCGGUUUCUCGGUAAAAUGCCCGCUGCUGGUGACCGUUUGAUGGACGAAGACCAGGAUGGCGCUGCGGAACUGUGGAAACCAGCUUCGGUCGAGACCGCCAUCCUGCCUGAUUGCAGCAGGAAACACGACAUUGGAGAGGACCUGGAGCUGCACAAGCUCGUGCUAAAGGACAAAAGGUCGGAGGGUAACCUCGUUGAGCUGGGACGAGCGCAGGUGCCAGUGCUUUCGGGACAGUGGCCGAAGAUCCGCGAAGAGCUGUUGAAGAAGAGUCCUGUCUACCACCACUGGCCGCCAACGCCUGCCGAAGGCGCCGCGUACGUAGCGCACAAAGGAGCAGAGCCCGAAGAGCCCGAGUCGGAUUGGGAGGAGUAUCUUCAGUCGCGAGCAGAGACCGAGGCGGGUGAUUCGGACUGUGAGGAGUACCGACAGGAUGGCUGAGAUGAACGUCGGGCAUCCUCGGUGAAUGUAAUUGGCAGCUAACUGGAGC